UGCCACAGAUGUUUGACGUAUUUUCUAACCUCAUAUAAAAUUAAUCAUAUUGGAUAAUAUUGGAAACAUCAUAUAAAUGACAGUAGUGCUAUAAAAUAAAUCUGCUGUAAUAAUUUAGUUUGACCUCCUGAUUGAUAUUAUCUACACCCACCUACUUUUACUGUCCAUUUGUUAAAUUUUUUUUUAUUUUUUAGUAGUUUCAGACCUGUCUCCCUAUUUUUAUAGCCAUUUCGUCGACAGACAAUUCGUUAACCACAGUCGGACGAGGGCGCCAGAAUCUCACGCGCACCCCCAAGCCCUCUGUAGCACGCGCGUCAUCGCUUCCUGAGGCUGACAUUACACACUCGCUCCUCCGUGGAAAAACUCGGCGUCAGUCAAUGUUUGCAGAGAGGAAACUUUCUUCCUUUGACGGCGCGCAGUCGACGAGAUUUGCAGCUUUCUCGAGCACACACCGCUCCAUCUAUUUGGAUUACUGGCAUCUGCGACUCCAAAAAACAUAAACCGCAAAGCUUUUCGGAAGGUGGAUUUGUGCGGUUCUCCUUAAUUUGUGCGUGUCAACUGUAUUCAAGUGCGCGCGGCUUCCGGAUAUAUCACUGUUUUUACUGUAUCACUCGCACAAGAGAAUUUUCGUCUUCACGGCGUUUAAACCCAGUGAAUUGCUAGCUUUGAAUCGCAGCUUGGUUUAAUUUGUCUUAAGUGUCAGCUCCAGCAUGAAGAUAGCCACGUAAGAGUGGAGAUUUUCCCUGAUGAAAGGAGUCGAGCAUUCAGCUCGAGUUCACUAGGGUCACUUCCUGAUGAUGACAGUAAACAUGGAUGGCGGUCUCCAAAAUGGACCUGGACAGCACAAGAACUCACAAGAUGAUGAAGAGGCACUCACCUCCAUAAUGAAGGACCUGGCAGCUUUACGGUUCUGUUACCAGUUCAAGAGCAGCAACACCAACAAGCCCAAGAGCAGAACCCCAUCCUACAGACAGGAUUUACGGGUGAAGCUGGAGCAUGAGCGAGAAAAACGAAUCAUUCCGUUCCAAAGGCCACUGAAGUUCAAGGAUCUGCUUCAGAAGGUGAUGGAGGCUUUCGGGCAGCAAAUGGAUCUAUACUACACUGAUAAAGAGACUUUGGUGGCUCUGAAGUGUCAGGAGGAUUUGGACCGAGCAGUUCAGGGAUUGAGCUCCAGCUCUGGAAUCAACAAUCUGCUGAGAGUGAUUCUGAAAACACCUCCCAACAACCAAUUCCUUCAAGUGAGCGGCCAAGACAAGCAGAGCGAGAUGAGGUCAUCCAGGUCCCUGGGAGAUCUCAAAGCCUCGGUUCUCAAAGGCUCUGAACGAGUGCGCAAACACUCUACAGGAUCUCUGAACACGGGCCGCACCUCACCCCCACCGGGCAGCGUACCAGAAGAGCAGCAGCAGAUCGCUCGGCAGGGGUCCUACACCAGCAUCCACAGUGAAGGAGAGUUCAUUCCAGAAACGCUCGACUCCAAUAUUAUGGAGCCAUUCGGGAGUGCUGAUGGGUCGCUUUCCAGCAGCUGUCAGUCACUGGACCAAGCACUGGACAGCCCGCCAUUCUCCCAGAGCAACCGGGACAACAAUUACCUGAACCUCAACUAUGAAUACAAAGGACGUCAUGGGAAACACGGGACCUUCCCUCGGCAGUUCCACGUGUCCAGUCGCAGUAAAGACUACGGUGACGGUCGGAGGACUUUCCCUCGAAGCUUUAUGCCUCAAGAGAACCUGUUUCAGCUGGUCCCGUCCAGCCGUACACGCAGCUAUAAUGGGGAAAGCACUUUGCUGUACAGUGGAGAUCUGCACACCAUCAGCUGGACUGAGAAAAACUGCCAACGCAACAGUCCUAAAUCCCCAAGGGCUCCGGUAAACUGGCGUCAGGGGAAACUGCUCGGUCGGGGCGCUUUCGGCGAGGUCUACCUCUGCUACGACGUUGACACGGGACGUGAGCUGGCGGCCAAGCAGGUGCCCUUUGACCCUGACUGUCAGGAGACCAGCAAGGAAGUAAAUGCACUGGAGUGUGAGAUUCAGCUGUUGAAGAACCUGCGUCACGAGCGUAUAGUGCAGUACUACGGCUGCUUGCGUGAUCCAGUGCAGAGAAAACUGUCCAUCUUUGUGGAAUUCAUGCCUGGGGGCUCUAUUAAAGACCAACUGAAGGCAUAUGGAGCGCUGACUGAAAAAGUCACCCGCAGAUACACCCGCCAGAUCCUACAGGGAGUCCACUAUUUGCACAGCAACAUGAUCGUACACAGAGACAUCAAAGGCGCAAACAUUCUGAGGGACUCCUCUGGAAAUGUGAAGCUGGGAGAUUUUGGGGCUAGCAAGCGCAUUCAGACCAUCUGCAUGUCCGGGACGGGAAUCAAAUCGGUCACCGGCACCCCCUACUGGAUGAGCCCGGAAGUCAUUAAUGGAGAAGGAUACGGACGCAAAGCAGAUAUUUGGAGUGUUGCCUGCACGGUCGUAGAGAUGCUAACUCAGAAGCCCCCGUGGGCUGAAUAUGAAGCAAUGGCAGCCAUUUUCAAGAUCGCAACCCAGCCGACCAAGCCAAACCUGCCUGAGGGUGUGUCCGACGCAUGCAGGGACUUGCUGCGGCAGAUCUUUGUGGAAGAGAAAUGGCGACCCACUGCUGAGGGGCUUCUCAGUCACCCCUUUGUCCAGGGCAGCUUUUGAUCUUGGAUCUCUGGAAUCCCCAGGGAAAACCCCACACCUGUCCGCGAACAAUCACCACUCUGCCUUCCAGGGUCCGGAGAAACCCACCAACCAGCCAACUAAGAACAAACUUGACCAUAAAGAGAGGAUGUGUAUUUCAGAUCUCCUCAAUGCAGCUUGAAAAAUAUCAUGUGAAGAGGGAAACUAUGGAUGGAAAAAACUAAUAGCACUUCCCGUAUUGUUAAUCAGAAUUAUGCAUAGCUCUGUCCCAAAUGAUGCACUUGUUCCCUUUUGCUGAAUGGACCCUUUUCACAUUUUCGGGGUUUUCAGAAGCGGAAGUCGUCAGAUAAACAGUUUGAACUAAACUUCUUUAGUGGUGAUAGCAAAUACAGUGUUUGUAUUCCAAUUUCUUCCAAAAGCAAAAGAAAAAAUCCAAGAUGGUGUUUCCACGACUUCCCAAAUGAGGGAAAAAUAUUGAGAGAUUGAUUUUGUUGGUCAGAAAAGAGAAUGAUGUCAAAAUUGCCGUCACACCACUGUAUUAGAAACGCUCUCACAGCAGUGUUAAUUCAUAACAUUUUUUUGUAAUUUACUGCCAAGGUAAUAUAACACAAAGUACAGUAUGCUGUAAAUGUAUUUUUUUUAAAUGAAAAUAUGAAAAACUUUACUAAAUUUGCGAUGUUGAUAACGUGUCAUCACAGUCACAGUCGUUCACUGCACGCUAUUACCCAACAUCCCUUGCGACAAAGUAUUGAUACUUUAAAGGAUGGUGAGAGCGGAGAGUGGGUCAAUGACAUUACGCUGUUUUCUUGUCCAGAUCUAUUAAUUUAUUCAAAAAUAAUCAUAAUGAAGAAAAAGUCUCAUUGAAAUGAGUAUACCCAUAUUGUUAUUUUUGAUUAACAUCACAAUCACAAAUAAUGACGUAUUUAAGGUGCAAGGAAAAUAUAUUAUUUUUUACUUGAUGGUUUCACCACAUUACAUUUUUAUAGUCAUUCAAUUUCUUGAAAAUGGUAUAAGUUUUUUUAAAACCAUAUGUAACCAGCAUGAAUAUACAAGAAUACUUUUCUGAAAAUGUAAGUUUUUAAACUACAUUUUUAAAGAUUUUUACAUUUCUUUAUAUGGACACUUGUAUUUGUCAUUGACCCCGGUGUAGGAUGACUGGGACAGUCACGUAAUUGGGAGCUUUGUCCCGCGUCCUUUUUCCCGCUGACGACGACUGUGUGGACGGAGCAAAAGAACCAAUGUGGUAAUCAUUAAAUAUAGCUACACCAGCCAGGACGUCUUCUAGACACGUACUGGAUAACAUCCUUAUUAAACCUUCCAGAUCCAACCAAAAAAAUAGUUCAAGACGCACUGAAUCCGGUAAAACGCAUUUGUUUGCAUAGUCUAAUUAAGGAAAUUUAUUUUAAUAUAAAAUGUGAUUUUUACCUGUUAUUCAGUUCAUUAUAUUUAGUAGACUGAAUAGGUCUCGUAGGGUAAAUUACAUUGUAUCACUUGAACCUGGGCAAAUUGAGUGCCAGUCACAAUUAACAAAGCUUGUUGGUGAUUUAAAACAUUAUCAUCCAAAGUGAUGGCAAAUAGGCUUUCCAACUAAUGUAAAUUAAUAUUUACAUUGUACAACAGUGGUAAAUUUAUCUCUCCCGCAUUGUUCCACAAAAACACAUCUACUGUCCAGCAAUAACCAGGUGGUCACCCUACCCCGGUGCCAUUUGGGACAGAGCCUGUGUCUAGGGAUUGAACCAGCUUUGCUAGGAUGCUACAAUACAUCCAAAGUGCCAACACUUAGUAUACUGGCACAGAUUGGCACAUAAUGUGUCACUGGUCAAAAAUACAAUAGCAUAGUUUACAUGCAUUACUGCCGGUUGACAUUAUCGGAUCCCCCGAUGCACUUGAAACCAGCCCAAGCGCUCUGAUGCGUUACUACAGGGGUUGCUGAACAAAUCACACAUGGCCUGAAUUUGGCACAAAUGUAUUAGAGUGUCAUUUUAAGGUGGCGAGAGUUAAACGUGGUCUUUUGUAUAACAGAAUUCGUUCGGUCAUAAAAGAGAGUUGAUUUUGGUUAUGGCUCAUGUACCUCUGGGUCCAAUCCUGAGUGUCAUAGAAAAGACCUCAUGGAGCAAAUAUAAUGAUAGAUGUACUGUACAAUACUCGUUGGAGUAAUUUUUGUUAAGAUUACUGUGUUUGAUGGUUAGAAUCUAACCAAAUAAGAGUGACACAGAAUAAGACGUAUGCAACCACCAAAGUGGUACAGUAUGAGACAGAGAAAUGUGUCAUUUUUUCAUGUCUUUUCAGCUAAUGAAGACUGUAUAAACACGUCUUUUUUUAUAUUAUGUAAAGUUUUACUUAAAGCACUCUUUACCCAGAGUUAAUCACUGUAAAUACAUUCCCAUUGCACUCUUGGACUCAUGCAUAGAGCACAUAGGAUAAUCAGCUGAGAUUUAAUGAAUAUUUUUAUACUUUUUUUUUUUUUUUUUUUUUUUAAUUCACGUUUGGAAUGAUGAUACCGAACUUUUUGUAUUAUAAUAAAAAUUACCCUAAAGUGUCAAAGCAAUAUUUAGAGAAGACUACUACGGCUGGUGUGUUAGCAUUCUUGUACUGUUCGCUCAGUCAAAAACAACCAAAGAGUAAUAUGCUUGAAAUAUGAAUUUGGACACUGUUCAGUGUUGCUGAAACAGUCGCUGUCUUGAUUUGUAACCUACAAUAGUGAGCUUCUUUCUUUUGUCAGCUCAAAACAUGCAAACUUUUUUGUUGUCAUCAUUAUAUCAUGAAUAUGGACACAAUGUAUCAAAAAUGUUAAAUGUACAUUGUUUUAAAUGGCAUAUUAUUUUGAUUUUGUUUGAAUGUUAAACUUUAAACACUUGAUACUAUGAUUGCUGUUUUUGUUUUGAACUCGAGAAAUACACCAGCAGCAAUUUUUGUUGCAAUAGUGCCUUCUCUGAUGCCCUUAUUCUGAGAGGUCAGUCAUUUUAAAAACAUUUAACGGUGGAAUGUGUUUUCUGAUGUCCUUCAGAUGGUUUCAGUAUCACACAGUGAUGCUGUCAAAGACACUUUGAUGCUGAAGGUCUUUUACUGAAGAUGAUUGUAUUGUAAAUAGAUACUGUAUCAAGCUGUCAUAAUGUUUCAUUAUAUACAAAAUACCUUAGUCACAGUAUAUUAUGAUUGUGGAGAGGUCUGGGUUUCAGAUGAUCUCAGCUGAGAGUGAACCAGACCACACUGGUUUUUGAGGGGCUAAGAAUGGACAAUUCGGUGCUGCCUUGAUGAAAAAGCCUGAAAACAUUUAUCAGUGAUUUUGUACAUUUGAAUAAAUAAAUUUAUUGUCUAUAACCAG